UCUCAGGGCAGCGACAGACCACAGUGUGGACAACAGCACAGCCAUGCUGAGGGAGUGGCUGAAGCAGGCCCAGGACCAGUACCACUAUGUGGAGUGGAGACCUAUGGAGGAGCCCAAGUAAGUCUACUUUACCCUCUCCCCAGCCUCAGGGCAUCUCACCACACCAUCUAUUCUGGUUCACAUUCCUUAAUUUUCUACAUCUUUGAAGUUCACUGCUCAUCAGUGCGUGGUGAAUAUGAGACACUGAAAGUAAAGCUCUUUGUCCUGUCCUCAGGUCCUAUACUGAUGAGUGGGGGCCCAAGCACUGGCCUCCGUCCCGAUUCAACCAUGUGAUGAAACUGAGGCAGGCUGCUCUUAAGGCAGCACGGGAACGCUGGGCAGAUUACAUACUGGUGAGACAGAGUUCAUAAUAUACCUAUGAGAUUACAUGUGUUACAUUUCAGUGUAACAUUAGUUAGCGGCAUUAUUUUAUGCGAAUGAUGAUACCUGCUUUCACUCUGUCUACGGUUGCGUGAGAUUGUAUACCUGCAAUAUUAGAUGUUUGUUCGAUUACAUUCUGUGCGUUUAUACGGUAUCCUGCUCUGUCUCUCUCUGUAUCUAGUUUGCAGACAGUGAUAACCUGCUGACCAACCCAAAGAUUCUCAACCUGCUCAUGGCUGAGAACCUGACUCUGGUGGCUCCCAUGCUGGAGUCACGCUCUCUCUACUCUAACUUCUGGUGUGGCAUCACCCCACAGGUAAACAGCCAAAUAGAGACCACCUCACUACUCUCUUUGUCACCUCUUCACUGUGACAAUUAAAGUCAGUCCAAUGACCAUCUGUACCCCUCAGCCCUUCUCAUUUUAAAAUCUCUCUCUGCCUCCUUCUCUCUCCAUCUCUCUCCCAGGGUUACUACAAACGUACCCCUGACUACCAGCCAAUCAGGGAGUGGAAGCGUCUGGGUUGCUUUGCUGUACCCAUGGUGCACUCUACCUUCCUGCUGGACCUGAGGCGUGACGCCAGCGGGGAGCUGGCCUUCUACCCCCCUCACCCUGACUACAGCUGGGCCUUUGAUGACAUCAUGGUGUUCUCCUUCUCUGCCCGGCAGGCAGGUCAGAGUUCAACCCACACCCCCACCGCCAAUCGCCCCCCAUCCCUCCAACUCCGCCACGUGUGGUCACCAUGAUCCUGCCCAGAAACAACAUCCUAGUCCAUGUUAUUGGAUGUGUUGUAAAACAUAGCCCUCACACUAUAGCUACCCCACCCACGCACCAACUGUGUAAGCUUAGAGUCAUAUAGCCUGGUUCAGAAACAAACCCUAGCCCCGACCACCACCACAGAUGUGAUGAAAAAAGUGUAAUCAAAGUGCUUAUGGCUCCACCCAGCCUUCCAUUUGGGCACAGGGGAUAUUGUAGGAACCUCAUGCUAUAAUAUUUACACCUAUGCGAUUUCUUCAGAUCUGUCAAAUCCAACAGGAAAUGAGCUAGGGGAGAAUAAGGCUAGUUCUGUGUCUUAUAGUAGUUCUCAGAGUAGUUCUAUAUGUCUUGUGCAGAAGGCAUGUUUUACAAUGAGGGAAACAAGGCAAGCUGGGUAAUCAGAUGUGUGACUUAAUGACUUGACUGAAUGUGUGUAAUUAUUUGAUGUGGCUAAUGAUUGGUAAGGUACAAGCAGAACUAUUACACACAUAACAGGAAUGCACAAACACUUACACACAAUAAAGUCAAACACUCACUCACAUCUCUCACUCUCUCUCUCUCUCUCUCUCUCUCUCUCUCUCUCUCUCUCUCUCUCUCUCUCUCUCACACACACACACACACACACACACUCACGCUCACACAACUCUCACACACAUUGACACACACACGGCCAUGUUCUUUAAGUGUUUCCUCCAUUGGUUAUGGCAUUAAACAAUUCAAUACAACCAUUGACGUGCUCUAAGCAUAGAUAAUAACUGAGACAAUACUAUCUGUAUCCAUCUGAAAUGCUAAAGGCAUAUGAUGAUGACCAGUGACCACAGAAUGAUACUGAUCAUGAGUGAUUGAACCUGUCAGACAUUGAGUACUUAGUUACCAUUCAAAAGAGGCCCUAAUACCCACAAAUGGUACAUGUUAUUGAAUGGGAACAUGUAGAAAUCGUAUGUGUAGACAUGGUAUGUAUGUACACUAAAGUAGCUAAGUUACUUAUACACAAAACCAUAGGAGUCCAAUAGGACAGGUGAGGCCAAGCCUCUUCCAAAGUAAACAGAAUUGAACUCGCCAAAACCAUACAACUACUCCUGUCUACACAAAAACAAAUAAAAUCCUUCAAAACACUACACCAGAGAGCAUGAUUCAGCCACAGAGGAUCACCAGCCUCUCCCAAAAAAUAGCUGUGGAUUGCUUCAAAUCCCAAGGCCAGUCGGGAAGCGCGACCAUUGGUUGUAUAUUCCAGUUGAUAUCCUUGUGCUUACUGUAUCUUCCUUUAAAUACUGUGGUUAUAUGAGACAUUGUGUAUGCUUAGCUGUGUGAGUCUGUAGGUUGUCUACCAGCAUGUACUUCGCAGAUACGAUCAUGUUAGUGUUUUUGUGUAUAGCAGUGUUUGUUUCCAGAUGUCCAGGUUUAUGUGUGUAUCAGUGUGUUUUUGAUGAACUCUGUGUGACUGUGUGUUUGUUUCCAGAUGUGCAGAUGUACGUGUGUAACAGAGAGCACUAUGGCUUCCUGCCGGUUCCUCUGAAGGCCUCGCAGAAUGUUGACGAUGAGAAGGAGAGCUUCACACACACCAUCGCUGAGGCCAUGAGUAAGCACACACACUGAUGACAAACACAAACACACACACAGAUGACACACACACACUACUCUCUAAAUCAAAAUAAACACCUUACAUUACUUUGUCUGAUCUUUCCUUCAAAGUGCUGCUUCAUCUCUGUUAUCUCCCUCUUCUCUGACCUCCCUGCCAAUACAUCACAAACUCUCUGGUAACACAGACUUCAAAGAAUCCCCUACAGAUGGUCCACUAACACUGAACCAUGCCUUACCCCUGAAGUUAACCCUAACCCUAACCCUAAGGCCUAAGCCAAAACCUAUCCUUAACCCUGACCUGAUGCUUUUCACCAGAAUUGCAGUUAAUAGUUUUUGGGUAUCUAUAGACCAUCACUACUUCUUUCUACCUAUAGAACUGUCUCAGGCCUGCUGCAGUGCUUUACUAACUCCAAAGAUGAUCUAUUAUAUUGACAAGAUAGUCAAGUGACCGCUCUAACAAUGGAAAUACAUGUCCUCAAAGAUGGAAUGCUGGAGGAGGCGAGAUCAGUUGGGACCAUUCUAGUCAAUGCGAGGGCAGAUAUGUGUGUGAACAACAGGCACAACUCCGAUAUAAAGUUGUUUCUUUCAAGUUGCUGAAAUGCCACUUGCGUCCAUUUAUAUCAGUGCAUUCGUAACAACCUAACCAUUACGAAACUUCUAUUAGAUCAAAUAAGCCUCACGUAGAAAAUUAGCAAUAAAAAAGUUUGUUGACCAAAUUCGACACUCUCUCGUUGACCUCCAUACAAAAAGUAUUAUUUUCGUGGACAGACUUAGGGCAGAGUAAACCCUCUCGCUUCGCCUCUUCCUCUCUGCUAACUCUUUAUUUCUCUCUCUCUUUCCUUCCUCCCUUCCCCCUCCUCGCCCUCCCUCAGCUCUCCCACAGUGCCUCUCUCUGCUUAUGAGAAUGGUAAAUAAACCAGUUUGAGCCUAGAGGAAAUACUCUCUCUGAUCCCACUCUGCUGUAUUAACUCUGUAUUAACUCUAACUUUGACUCCUCUGUCUUUAUUUACAGUUGACCACAACAUAGCACCCUCAGAGUACCUGUACAAUCCCCAGAUGCCGCAGGACAAGAUGGGCUUUGAUGAGGUAGAGUAUGACACUGGCCCUGACUGUUUCGAGCAGGGGUGGGCAACAUACAGAUCCGGCCUGCGAGACCAUUCAAUAUGGCCCGGGGGAGGUUUAAGUAUAUAUACAUAUUUUGGGAGGUGGGAAUUAUUAUUUGGGGUUAAAAAAAACUAUCCUGGCCACUCUUGAAUGUCUAAAAUGAUAAUGGACUUAAACGUUUUCAAAUAACUGCCCUUUUUCUGGCCCGCAAAUUGAUUUUGCCGAAGAAAUCGGUCCGAAAAAAAUCUCAGCGUCCCUCCGCUUAGUUUUGAGAUCCCGAUGUUGCCCUCGAGCAUAAAUGAUUGCCCACCCCUGGUUUAGAGGAACUGUUUAUAUUGAGAAUUCAUCCAUCAUUCUUUGAUGUGACAUUUAUUUCUCCCCCUCCCUUUCCUGGUCUUACUUCCUUCUGUUCCUUCAUCCAUUACCCCCGUGUCUCUCCCCCUCCUUCCAACUCUGCCUUCCUACUCUGAUUGCUCCCUCUCUCUCCCCCUUCCUUCCCUCCCUCCCUCCCUCCCUCCCUUCGUAUCAGAUCUUCCUGAUCAAUCUGAAACGUCGUCUGGACAGGAGACAGCGGAUGUUGAGCACCAUGGCCUCUCUGGGUCUGCAGGCCACCCUCACUGACGCAGUGGACGGCAAGUAGGUCUCUCACACUAACACACACACACACACACACACACACACACAGCCACAGGACUGCACAGCUGCAUGGGACACUAUGGUUUAAAUUAGUUCUCUGUUCAUCGAUCACAAUCCCUCUCUGCCUCUCUCUUUCUCUCUCUCUGUCGCUCUCCUUCCCUGUGGUCCUCUGUAGCUCAAUUGGUAGAGCAUGGCGCUUGUAACGCCAGGGUAGUGGGUUCGAUCCCCGGGACCACCCAUACGUAAAAAUGUAUGCACACAUGACUGUAAGUCGCUUUGGAUGAAAGCGUCUGCUAAAUGGCGUAAUAUUAUAUUUAAUGUAUAUAAUAUUAUCUCUCUCUCAGGGCUCUGAACACUUCUCAGCUGCAUGCGUUGGGUAUAGAGAUGAUUCCAGGUUAUAAGGACCCAUACUCUGGCCGUGUUUUAACCAGAGGAGAGAUAGGCUGCUUCCUCAGCCACCACUCCACCUGGGUACAGGUACGCUGAACUAACCAUACUAUCCUUACGAUAGAUGGAGAUCCCCUAUCCUCUCAGUGGUUGUGUCCUCUUGCGUAUUUGUGACCUCUUGCCUAUUCUCUGUGUUGUUGUCAGAUGGCGGAGCGUGGUCUUUCCAAGGUGCUGGUGCUGGAGGAUGACGUGAGGUUUGAGCCCAGGUUUAAGAGGCGAAUGAUCACCAUCAUGGAGGAAGUAGAGAAGGCCCUGCUGGACUGGGAUCUCAUGUAAGAAACAAGUCUACAAAUAGCAUUGUUAUGAUGUGUAAUUAUACAUUUUGUGCUUAUGUAUAAUUAAUUCCAUCUAUCGUUCUCUCUCUCCUGUAGCUAUGUUGGGCGUAAGCGUAUGCAGGUGCGCCAGCCGGAGCGUUCGGUGGAAGGGGUUAAUAACCUGGUGGAGGCUGACUACUCCUAUUGGACACUGGGCUAUGCCCUAUCAGCGCAGGGCGCCAGGAAGCUGCUGGCUGCUCAGGCCUUCAGCAAGAUGUUACCUGUCGAUGAGUUCCUCCCUGUCAUGUUCAACAAACACCCCAAGUAAGUGACUGGCUGACUGCACUGAGACUGAGACUGACACAGACAGGGGGACAGAUAGGGGGACAGACAGGGGGACAGACAGGGGGACAGACAGGGGGACAGACAAGGGUACAGACAGAGGGACAGACAGGGGGACAGAUAGGGGGACAGACAGGGGGACAGACGGGGACAGACAAGGGUACAGACAGAGGGACAGACAGGGGGACAGACAAGGGUACAGACAGAGGGACAGACAGGGGGACAGAUGGGGACAGACAGGGGGACAGACAAGGGUACAGACAGAGGGACAGACAGGGGGACAGAUGGGGACAGACAGGGGGAAAGACAAGGGUACAGACAGGGGGAAAGACAGGGGGACAGGGAAGUGCAUAGAAAGACAGCUAGAGACAGAAAGAUAAACAGACUUGUAUUGAGAUACCAUCUGCAUUAAGGACAGACUUAUUUUAGCAUCUACAUUUAUAACAGAAUUUACAUUUUAUGCAGAGGAGUGCAGAAACAAACACGGAGAGGAUGCAGACAGAUUAACUUUUAGACAGUCAAAGUCAGACAGACAAACACAGACACUAGAAACAGACUAGACAACCAAUUAGAACUAAAAUGGUGAGAGGGACAAUAAUUCAUACAUAGGCAAAAAUACACGUGUCUAUAGAGCCUCCAUAUAGACUCUGUGGUAUGGUGAGUGGUGUUCUUUAUUGGUGUUUUAGAGGUACACCAGCCUGCCCUCUUUCUUCCUCGUCUUUUUCCCUCACUCCUUCUCUUCAACCCCUUUCCCCCCCUCUCCAUCUCUCCUCUUGCCCCCUCAUUUUCUCUCUCUCUCUCUCUCUCUCCUCUCUCUCUCUCCUCUCUCUCUCUCUCUCUCUCUCUCCCUCUCCUCUCUCUCUCUCUCUCUCUCUCUCUCUCGUCUCUCUCUCCUCUCUCUCUCUCUCUCUCUCUCUCUCUCUCUCUUUCUUCACCUCUGUCUCCCCCUCGUUCUCUCCUGUAUGGAGUGGGUCCCUAACCCACAGGCCAUGGAUUGUUCCUAGGGAUCAAUGUGUACGGUGUCCCUCGUAGGACACACAAUGGUUCCCUUUCUGUCUGCUUCCUCCUGGGGAAAUCCUGCUCUACCCCUCCCCCCACCUCUCAGCCCCGUCUCCGUCUCUGUCUCUGUCUCUGUCUCUGCACCCUGCCCUCUGCCUCUCCUUGCUCCCCCGCCCCUUUUCUCUCUCCCUCCCUCCCUUGCUUUCCCCUCGCUUUCUCUUUCUCUCUCACCUCUCUCCUAACCCUCUCCGCCUUUCCCACUCCCCCCCUCUCUUUCCCUCACUCUUCCUACCCCUCUUUGCAUUUUCCCCUCUGUACUCCCCUCUCUUCCCUCUCUCUUCCCCUCCCUCUCUCUUUCCCUCACUCUGCCUCUCGGAGGAAUGUGGGGCCGGAAUGGUUCUUCCUGCUGCUGGCGAGAGGGACAGGAUUCCCAUUGAUCCAGAGCUGAGUAUGGGGGUGGGGAGAGAUGGACAGGGGGAGACUGUGUGUAGAUGUGUGUAUUACUAUAUAAAUACGUGUGUGUGUGUGUGUGUGUGUGUGUGUGUGUGUGUCAAAUCAAAUUAAAUUAAAUCAACUUUUAUUUGUCAAAUGCUUCGUAAACAGGGCCCAUCCCAACAAUGCAGAGAGAAAAACAAAAGAAAAAGGUAAUUGAUGAGGUAAUUGAUGUAGAUAUGUACAUCUAGGUAGGGAUGAAGAGACUAGGCAACAGGAUAGAUAAUAAACAGUAGCAGCAGCGUAUGUGAUGAGUCAAAAGAGUCAUCACAUACGUCAAUGCAGAUAGUCCGGGUAGCUAUUUGGGUAACUAAUUAGUAGUUUUAUGGCUUGGGGGUAGAAGCUGUUCAGGGUCCUGUUGGUUCCAGACUUGGUGCAUCAGUACCGCUUGCCGUGCGGUAGCAGAGAGAACAGUCUGUGUCUUGGGUGGCUGGAGUCUUAAAAAAUUGUUAGGGCCUUCCUCUGACACCGCGGUGAUGCAGCCAUUCAAGAUGCUCUCAAUGGUGCAGCUGUAGAACCUUUUGAGGAUCUGAGGGCCCAUGCCAAAUGUUUUCAGCCUCCUGAGGGGGAAGAGGUGUUGUCGUGCUCUCUUCAAGACUGUUGGUGUUGGUGUUGGUGUUGGUGUGUGUGGACCAUGUUAAUUCCUUAGUGAUGUGGACACCGAGGAACUUGAAGCUUUCGACCCGCUCCACUACAGCCCCGUCGAUGUGAAUGGGGGCGUGCUCAGCCCUCCAUUUCCUGUAGUCCACGACCAGCUCCUUUGUCUUGCUGACGUUGAGGGAGAGGUUGUUGUCCUGGCACCACACUGCUAGGUCACUGUCCUCUGGUGCUGAUUAGUGCUUUUUGAGGUCGGCUCCGUUUCAGUUCGAUUAUUGAACAAUUAUUUUGGUUUCACUAUGCAGUAUGCAUUAUGUGGGUUGAAAGCUGUAACAACACAGAAUAAAACAAUUAAUAAAAGUCCCAUGAUGGUAAUGACUGUCCAUUACUGCUUAUCACUUAUUAACCAUCAGUUAUUCACAUUACUUUACUUUAAUAAAAAUAUUUCAGUUGUUGUGUAUAUUACAUUUGUUUUAUUUGAAGACUUUAUUAUUUCAUUCUAAGUCAUCAUCUCAUCUCUAUAGAGCUGCUGCCAAUGCUGUCUGACAAAAUACCUAUUUUGUGUAGUUCUUCAAGUAAAUAAGGCAUACUUUUGACUGCUGAAUACCAACUAUUAAUCACUUAGAUCACGAAGAAACUGCUCUCUAUCUGUACCCUCUUGAUCGCGCAUUCUUCUUUCCCUUAUGUAGCAGGCGUAAAAGAAAAAGACUGGACAAGUAGCCGUGCAAUGGAUUAUGGUCAUUGUAGUUAAUUAUCAAGUUUUCUGUGCUAAACUACAGUAUGUAAAACUACAGUAUGGCCUGUUGGAAACUACAACUCCCUACUACAUCGCACAGAACUGGCAUAAUCUGAUUUAUCUCUAGAGAAACUGCAGCGCAAUGUGCUCCUUGAACUCAGAAUUCUUUGAAAUGUAAUUCAAAUAAUUAAACCGACUUUGGUCAAUUAGUUGUUUAAAAACGGAAAAAUAACCGACAUUUCAGUUAAUCGUUCAGCACUACUGACCUCCUUUCUAUAGGGUGUGUGUGUGUAUCCCUGUGUGUGUAUCUGUCUGUGUAUCCGUGUGUGUGCGUGCGUGUAUGAGUGUGUGCAAGUCUGUGUGUGAGUAUGAAUUACUAUGUAAAUACGACCAGAUAAUUUUUUGUGUGAGAAUGCUAAAAAGAGGAGCUCGCAGGAGAGAGAGAGCGAGAGCGAUAGAAUCGCGAGCCGCGCUCUAAGAUAUCUCUCUCGCUCUCUCUCUCUGCUCGUCUCUCUCGCCUCUCUAAUCUCUCUCCUCUCGCUCCGCUCUAUCCUCUUCGCUCCUCUCUCUCUCUCGCUCGCUCUCUGUCGGAAAGUGAAGGGGGGAGGGAAACCGCGCCUUCCCCUCCGUUGGGGGAACCGGUUUUCCCCGGACAAUUGGAAACGUUAAUUUAGGCCGUAAAACCGGGGGACCCAAAAGUGGGGCUAGGCCUAGUACGGUUGCCUCCGUCUCCAACCCCCCCCCCAAGGGUCGCCUCCCACGCCUAUUCUUUCCCCUUCAAUUGGAUGAAAGGCGGUUGGUCCCUGCUCCCCCCCCCCCCACCCUCUUGCCCCCUCCCCCCAAUUUAUCCGCGCUUCAGGGUCCCCCCUCCUCCUUUGUUAACCCCCCUCUCCUUUCCCCCUGCUAAGCCCCGGGGGGGCCCUCACCCCACCUCCCGCGCCUUACGUGGGACGCCUCCCCUCUCCUCUGCCCCCCCCACCCCGGGGGUUUAAACGACUGUCUUCUCGCCCAAAUCCAUGUUCCCUUUUACCCCCUGGGUUGCCCCCCCUUCGCUACCAAAAACCCCCCCCGGAAUGAUAGGGGCCAAAGGCCCAGAAAAAGGCCCCCCAGGUGGACCCCAGGACCAGAACCCCCUUCCUUCCCCAAUUUUUGACUUCACCCCCCUUUGGCCGGCCUGAGGUCCUGGGGCCCCCCCCCCCUGCCCCCCCACCACGGGGGAGGGGGACUGAGGCCGGGCCCCCCCUUUGGGCGCGUGCCCCCGCCCCCGGGGCCGCCGCCGGCCCCACCCGGGGGGGGGGCCCCCCCGGGGGAAACGGGGGGGGCCCCCCCCCCCGCCCCCCCCGCCCAACGAGCGACCCGGGGGAUGGAACUGACCCGGCCCCCCCCCUGGCCCAAAAGGGCCCCCAGGCACCCUGGAACCCCCGGAAAAGGCCCCCCACAAACCCCAAAAAAACCCCCCCAACGGAUGCCCUGCAGUCUCUCCUCUGCCUGCUCUGUGCUGAGGCUGGGAGGAUUAAACACAGACUAAGUCUCUCUCAGGGUUCACCUCCCUGGGCAGAAAUUCAGGCGUUAGGUUACACUCUCUCUGAGUGCUGACACUGUCUAAACGGCCACAGGGGGGGCUGACCUCUACCAGCUGACCUCUGGCUGACAGGGCCUGACUGAUUGAAGCGGACGUGUCGCUCCUCUCUCCUCUCUGCACCUCUGCCACUCUCUGGCUCACUUUGAUGAAAUGUCGACGUGUGUCUUUCUGCCCAAGAGUCCAUGAUUAACUUUGACCAAGUGGUGCUGAUUCAGCAUUGCUGAAUUACCAUAUAUGAGCCUCUCCUUUCUGUGCCCCUGUAUCAUUCUGCAUGGUGCACAAAAUGCACUUUGAUGACAGUUUACUGUGUCUUCCUCCCUCCCUCAGUGUGUGAUGCUCUCUGAUGACGUGUCAACGAACCCUCCUCUCUUUCCCCUUCUCUCCAUCAGUUCUGACUUCAUGUCUCACUUUGAGCCUCGGGACCUGAAGGCCUUCUCUGUGGAGCCCCUCCUCCUGUACCCCACCCACUACACAGGCGAGCCGGGCUACGUGAGUGACACGGAGACCUCCACCAUCUGGGACGACGAGGCCACCGCCACCGACUGGGACCGCCUGCACGAGCACACCAGGAAGACAGAGCAGCAAGGCCGUAUCCACACCGUGGCCCAGAACAGUGUGACGGGAGACUCACCUCCGCCCGCCGCCCGCUCCACACGAGACGAACUCUGAAAAGGAAGAGAUAGAGACUUGUAUACGUGUUUAUGCACGGACACACACAUGGACACACACAUGGACACACACAUGGACACACACAUGGACACACACAUGGACACACACAUGGACACACAUAUGGACACACACAUGGACACACACAUGGACACACACAUGGACACACACAUGGACACACACAUGGACACACACAUGGACAUACACAUGGACACACACAUGGACACACACAUGGACACACACAUGGACACACUCAUGGACAUACACAUUGACACACUCAUGUGCAUGCACGCACACACACACACACACACACACACACACACACACACACACACACACACACACACACACACACACACACACACACACACACACGCACAUCCAACUGGAUACACAGUCAACCGCUCCGCUCAGUGCUUUUUCUCAUUGGCUAUCUGCUGGCUAAUAGCAUAAUAGCAGGCUGAGAUUAGAAUCCCUUUGGCUGCCUGGUGAGGGGCGGAGUGGUCUGCACUGAGGAAGUGGGCCCAGGACCGCAGAUUUAUUUAUUUCCCAUGCACUCUACAGUCUGACACACACACACACACAAAGACAUACACAUACACACAUAUACACACACAGAGUCAGAGAGAGACGUUGGAGAGACGCAGAGAGAAGGACUGGGGGGACCUGAACACCCACACCAUGCAGGGACGAUGUGAGAGAGAGACAGAGACUGGACGAACUGAGACUGCAACAUGUGGAAGACAGAUAUUGCUGUUGGCAGUGCAGAGAUAAAACUCACAAAUCAAUGUUUAUUGUAUUAUUAAAAAGGAUGAUUAUUGUAAUUUAAAAAUAACAUGUGCUUUAUUGGCAGCCCAGGGAAUAAAGGAACCUUACAGCUGUCUGAAAUCACGUUCUGCGUGUGUAUGUGUGUGUGUGUGUGUAUUAUGUGUGUGCAUGUGUGUGCAUGUUUGUGUGCGUGUAUAUGUGUGCAUGCAUGCUGGUGUUUGUGUGUUUGUCCAUGAUCGGAAGCCGACAAAGUAUACCCAGGAGUGCUGUCAGUUGCUAUGAUGUCAUAUCACUGUCACUACCAGACACACUCAACACAUGUACAUGCACACUCAUACACACAUGCAAGAGCGCGCACACACACACACACACACACACACACUGUCACAAUAAUUUGCCAUUAGAUUGUUUCUAAGAAGCAGGUCAGGACAGAGAUGGUGGAGGACAGGCCUAGUGUUCCCCUGAGACAGUCAGCUUGUAAACCUGUAGAUACUGUGACCUUGUGGUAGCAGUUAGCAGGCUGGCCCUGUUACACACUGUUCAGACUACACUCAUCUGGCUUUACACUGAGCUGAGCUGAACCUGGCCUUUCAUCUAUCUGUAAUGGUGGUGGGCCAAAUCUGUGUUUUCAUUCACUCUGCAGUUUGUUUGUGAUUGGGCCAUAUCUCCUGCUAUCAUCUCUGUUAUGGCUACAGGGUUUGAAACGACUAUGGUGUAAGGUUUAGGCCAUGUAUUGCUGUUAUUUCAAUUGUAUCACUAACCUAAAUUACUGCACUGUUCCCACAACCUUGUCAUGUCAACCUUACUGUCUGUAGCAUAGACUCAGCUUUGGUCGACGGCAACAUUUCACUCUAGAACAUGAUUCAUGUACAGUAAAUCGCAUUUAGUUGGUGCCCACAGUUUUUGGGGCCCUAGUCAUAGUCAAAUCAAAUCAUCAAAUCAAAUUUUAUUGGCCACAUGCGCCGAAUACAACAGGUGCAGACAUUACAGUGAAAUGCUUACUUACAGCCCUUAACCAACAGUGCAUUUAUUUUUAAUAAAAAAAGUAGAAUAAAACAACAAAAAAGUGUUGAGAAAAAAAGAGCAGAAGUAAAAUAAAAUAACAGUAGGGAGGCUAUAUAUACAGGGGGGUACCGGUGCAGAGUCAAUGUGCGGGGGCACCGGCUAGUUGAGGUAGUUGAAGUAAUAUGUACAUGUGGGUAGAGUUAAAGUGACUAUGCAUAAAUAAUUAACAGAGUAGCAGCAGCGUAAAAAGAUGGGGUGGGGGGGGGGGGGGGGCAGUGCAAAUAGUCCGGGUAGCCAUGAUUAGCUGUUCAGGAGUCUUAUGGCUUGGGGGUAAAGCAUGUGCACUGUAUGUAUGAACAGGUAGACACUCAGCUCAGUAUUCAGUACACUAUGUUCUAUCCCAGGUGUGCACCAUGGUCUGGUUAUAGGAAAUUCCUCUCUGGGUUUUACUGUUCCUGUCUGUAGAGGAAUCAGUCAAUGAGGCUCAGGCCUGCAGGGAGAGAUAGAAGAGGAGAAACUGUCCAGAAAGGAUGAUUUUACGAGACACAUGAGUUCCAUAAGGAGACAGGCAGGGUGGAUAUGGAGAAGGCUGCUUCUGAGCCCUGAAUACCUCCACUGCUGGACAGGAGGAGGAUAAGGAGGAGGCCACAGUAGCCUACACUACCAGAACCACACCUCUAAACAUACACAAACAGUAACUAUCUAUUAUGAGGGCCCAGGGUGGUGUUUGUUUGCCUGAGUGAUUUAACUAACUGCGAAAAUACCUGUGAACAUGUUGAUAUUCUGUCUGUCUGUGUUGACAGUGUCCCUGAGUCUCAAUCUCCUUCUAUUGAAGUAGAAAGAGAGGCCAUGUCGCCACCUGCUGGUCAUGAGAAGGGAUUCAAUUUGGAAUUCAGAGGGGUAGGAGGAGCCACAUUUGGCAGGUUAGGGUUAGGGUUGAGCCAUGUUGACUGUUAUCUGCCAUGUCUCUCCACACUUUCCUCUUGUCCCAUGUCCACACCCUGGCUCAAAUCUAACCCCAGCCAUAACCCUAACCCUGGAUUAUUUAAGCAAUAAGGACCGAGGGGGUGUAGCAUAUUCUUAUGCACGAUGCAACGCGGAGUUGUGGUAUAUUGGCGAUAUACCACAAAUCACUGAGGUGCCUUAUUGCUAUUAUAAACUGGUUACCAACGUAAUUAGAGCAGUAAAAAAAAUGGUUGGAGUCUGAUAUACCACGGCUUUCAGCCAAUCAGCAUUUAAGGCUCGAACCACCCAGUUUAUAAUGUACUUUAUAUCCUACCUUUUAUCUGGUUGUGAGUGACACUGCACAUCUUCAUUGAUUAGAGUUAUUAUCUGAAUGCGAAGGACAACCAGCCAGGGGAUGCCGAUGGUACAAAAGGGGAAUGUCUGACUAAAUCAACAACAGCUUGGCUCAUUUAAUAGGAGUCCCCUUUUCAUUCAAUGACCAAUGACCAUAGAGUACAAGGUUGAAUUAUGUUUAUUAAAAUACUUUGGUUCACUCUCAAGCUGUAGUUAUAAAGUGCUGUCAGGUAGCACACAUGAAGAUACUCACCCAAAAGACACACGAACACAGGCACACAUAUACAUGCACGCAGAUAGAUGGCCACAGAGGACGUAAAAUAGAGAGGUGCAGAGCGGCACUGCAGCUGUUAGUGUGAGUCAGUAGUUCAGCACUGCAGCUGGAGAGGGAGCACGACAGGAGAGAGAGUGUGUGAUUUCUGUACUGUGUGUUAGUGUGUACGUAUGCAGUGUGAAAGCAAGAUAAAGCUGGGGCCGAGUGGUUCUGAUUUGCUGCUGCUGCUGUUGGACAGAGGC